UAUGGUGCAGAUCUGCUAGUGUCUAAUGGUCCACUCUAGGACAAACUACUAGAAAAAAUAAUAAUAGUAGAAAUUUGCCUGGAUGACUAGACAGAGACAUGUCUAUUGUACCAUAUUCCUUUGCAUUUUGCUGUUAUCUGCAUCUCUCUCUCUGUGAUAAGGAUCGAAUCCAGGACCUUGGGUACUUCUACCAAUGAGCUGCAUUCUCAGACCCUAUUUCAUAUAUUUUUAUCCUUAAACUUUAAAAACAAACAAACAAAAAACUGCUCUUUUAACUUAGGGGAUGAACCAAACAGGAGUUCAUACUGAUGCCCUCCUGGGCUUUUAUCCAAUGCUUCCCCAUAGUCACUUUGGAACUAAUCAAUCAACUUGGGCAUGAAGGCGAGAAUUCAGAUUAGUGGAACCUUAAAAGCCCAGGUGAGGCGUAUUGGAGCCGGGGCUAUUGGAGAGCACCAAGUCUUAAGACUUCCGCCCCUGGAGAGCGUUUGUUUAUCUCUCCUACCGGCCACCCCCGGGUCCGCCCAGCUCCGGUUGUGCGUGCGCAGUCUCCUGGAGUUGUUUGCCGUCUCUAUGGCAACUCGGGAGGUGGAGUCUGAAAAUGGAGACCACCGAGUCUACAGAGGGAUCUUUGUCGCGAUCUUGUGAUGUACAGCCCAGCUCUGAAAGACUAGAUACCGCUUCAGAACCGGUUCCUUCUUCGAGCAGUAGUCCUAGGUCUUCUGCCCCUGCCGAGGCUCCUGCGCAGUACUCUGUGCUGACAGAGCCCUCUUCUGACAGUCUUUACGGGGCACCCUGCCCUCCAGCCCAUCAUAGAGGCCAUGGGUUUGGCUUUCAGCCCUUCUAUGUUUCUUGUAUUCCUCAGGAUCCCUGUAAUAUGGCAGACCUCAGCUCCAGAGCUGAUCCUACCUCUUCUUAUCCUUGUCAUAGCUCUGGGCGUGGCUCUGGCUCUGGCACUUGUUGUGGUCUUGGCCAGAGCUCUGAGCUUAGCCAGGGCUCCGGGCCCACCUCUGGGCCUGCUCCUGCCUCUGGACCUAGUCUUGUCUCUGGACCUGAUUCUGCCUCUGGACCUGAUUCUUCUGCCUCGGGACCUGCUCUUGCCUCUGGACCUGGUCCUGCUGACACUGGACCGGGUCCUAAGUUCAGCACCUGCAUUCCUCAAGGGUACAGAUGCAUCCCAGUUGACCUGACCCCUGAUUAUAAUGCAUGGUGUCAGCACUUACACUGGAAGCCACAACGCUCCUGGAAACCUCUGCAGGUCUCAGAACCUGGAGUGAGAGGGCCAUAUAAACCUCCAGAACCUGGAGCACUCGGGCCAUGUGAGCCAUGUGAGCCAUGUGAGCCAUGUGAACCUCCAGGGGUUGAAUCUGAGGAAAUUCUCUGUAAAACACGGCCACGUGGCCAGUGCCUUCUCUACAACUGGGAGGAAGAGAGAGCCACCAACCAGCUGGAUCAAAUCCCUCCAUUGCAAGAUGGCUCUGAGAGUUACUUCUUCCGACACGGACACCAGGGUCUGCUGACCACACAGCCCCAGUCACCCAUGUCUUCUAGCACCACCCAGAGAGACUCAUACCAGCUCCCAAGACAUGUCUGUCAGCCACUUCGAGGGAAGCGUGAAGCCAUGCUGGAGAUGCUCCUGCACCACCAGAUCUAUAAAGAGGUGCAGGCAGAGCAGGAACCUGCAAGGAAGCUCUUUGAGACCCAGUCAGUAACACACCAUGACUACAGAGUGGAGCUGGUACGAACAGCACCUCCUGCCUCAACAAAGCCUCAUGAUUACCGCCAGGAGCAGCCUGAAACCUUCUGGAUUCAGCAGGCAGCACGGCUACCGGGUGUCAGUGACAUCAGGACACUGGACACACCAUUCCGGAAGAACUGCAGCUUCUCGACGCCCGUGCCCUUGUCGCUGGGGCAGCCCUUGCCUUACGAGCUUGAGAGCGGCCCCCACCAAGUUGGGGUAAUAUCUUCCCUUGCCUGUCAGGGAGGAGGGCGGGGGUGUGGAAGGACGAGAACAACUCCAAUCUAAGAAUCGAGGAGAGAAGCAGACGUGGGAUUUGAAAUCAGUUUCUGUUUAUACUACAGAGGUAGAUUGGAUGGAGUUGAUUCUGUCCUCGAUGAGGGGUUUUACAUAAAGCACUCUCAUCCUUAAGCUGC